AUGUGCCCGUGCUGUCCUCCUCGUGCGCCGCGCGAUGUGGACGGUAGCGACGAGGACAACUUGGCCGCCGAGUGGCCCGCCAGCCCGGCCGCCACGGCGUCGUCCGACGCAUCGUCGCCAUCGCUGCCGUCGUCGGCGAGCACUACCGCCGCCGUGUGCGGCGAGUGCGAGCACGCCGCAGCUGUUUCAGCACACACCCCGACAUUCCAGCUCUUCUUCACUGCCGACGACCUGCUCGAGGGCGGGCCGCCGGAAGCAGAGGACAAGAAGAACAAGGAGCAGCAGCAUGACGACCCGCGCGCCGCUCGGACCGCCUCGCUCGCCGCCACGCUUCGGGCUGACCCGCUCCUCCAUCCGACGGCGCCGGCGGCGCUUGCGCUGGCUGCUUCUUCCCUCGCUUCGCAGCAUGCUCAGGCGGCGGCGGCGUGGGAGGCUGAGGCGGCGGCGGCGGCGGCUGCUUCCCGCCAGCAGCAGCAUCACCAGCGGCACCGGUACGCCCCGCUGAUCGCUGGCGACCAUGACGCCGAGGCGCCGCGAGUCUACCACCCGUACGCGGCCGUGUCCGAGGAUAACAACGGCAACAACAACGCCGGACGGCGCCAGACAUGGCCGAGUCUGCUGUUCCAAGACUACUCUGACUGUUUCGCCUUGCCACCGGCCUCGACAAACUUUCUCGACUUUGACACGGAUAACGAGGACACGGACACGACGACAGCGAUGGGGCCCAUAUCGGCAUCGAGCAGCCCCCUCCAGAGUUUCGAGGCCCUCUUCCCAGACGAUAGCAGCAGGCAAAGCCACCGCCUGUCGCUCUCGGCCCUCCGCCGCUCCCUCUCGCUCAGCAGCGGGGCGCAGACUCCCAAACACCGAUCCGUCUCGUUUGUAAAUCUUGAAGAGGGCGAUGAGGACCAGCACCAUCGCGCCGCAGCCCGCACACGACGACGCCCCGUUCCCGUGCAUACCCACGCUCCUCCUGCUGCUGGUGACCACUACCACCACUCCCGCGCGUCCCCCAUCUCGUACAUCAGCGUCGCCCUCGCCGACAAGUUUUGA